UUUGACUUUUUUCAAUAUCACUUCCUGUCUUCUCUAUUUGUCAUCUCAAAAGAUUUCAACUCAACUUCUUCCCUAAAAACAAACCCAAAAAUUGCAAAUCUAGCAAUUUUUUUACUCUAAAUUUUGUCCUUUAAUGAUGAUUUGGAGAAGUAAUACAUUAUCUCUUGUUCUAAUCUUGAUACUUUUUGUUACCCAAAUUCAAUCUUUAAGGUUUGAACUAGAAUCAGGUCAUACAAAAUGUAUAGCUGAAGAAAUCAAAGGCCAUGCAAUGACUGUUGGAAAGUAUCAUAUCAUUAACCCAAAUGAUGGUCACCCUUUGCCUGAUACCCACAAAGUCACUGUCAGGGUAACGUCCGAACAUGGGAAUGACCAUGCCCAUCACUACGCUGAAAAUGUUCACGAGGGGCAUUUUUCUUUUGAGACUGCGGAAGCUGCAGAUUAUCACACUUGCUUUACUGCUGCAGAUCACAAGCCUUCGGUUAAGUUGACUGUUGAUUUUGAGUGGAAAUCAGGUGUUGCAGCUAAGGACUGGACAAAUGUUGCCAAGAAAGCCUCUGUUGAGGCAAUGGAAUUAGAACUAAAGCAUAUGCUCGAGAUUGUUCAAGGCGUCCAUGAUGAGAUGUUUUAUCUCCGAGAAAGGGAAGAAGAAAUGCAGGAUCUGAACAGAGAUACCAGCUCUAAAUUGGCUUGGAUGACUGGCCUAUCAAUUCUUGUAUGCUUGUCUGUGGCAGGUUUGCAGCUGUGGCACUUGAAGACUUUCUUUGAAAAGAAGAAGCUUAUUUAAAUUAUUCUGAUUUCAAAAUUCUCAACUUUUGUUAUACAAUUUUUUUGCAUACACAACUCAGUCCAAGGUUGACUCAAUUUGGAUUAUGUUAGACGAUUUAAUUGUCAAUGAAAACACUGGUCAUUACUCUA